UGAUGUCUUCUAUGUUAUAAUAGAGUAUAGAAAGAGUGAGAAACUGACACGUUAAUCAUUAACCAUGUAUUUUAUAUAUAUUUCAUAUAUAUGAAAAUACAUCUAUAAUAACAUCUCAGUGGGAUGAUAGGCACAUUGUUUUUCAUUAGGAGUUUCCAUUUUUAUGGGCAAGUAACUAUGUCUAUAGAAUAUAUAGGCAGGUAUAGCAAGAUAAAUACCUGAAAUGUUAAUUUGUAUAUUAUUCUACUGAUGUUUACAAUUCAUAGGAAUAACAGGAAAUUUCUACAUCACUAUCCCACCUACUUCUCCCUUCAACACACCUGCCCUCAUACCCACUAGUUGCCAAACAAUGGCCUUGAUAGAACUCAUCUGCUCUGAAACUAGGGUAGGGAGAUGUUUGGAGAUUUGUGGAUUAUAUUUUAAAUAUAGCAUUACUGAGAUGAAAGAACUUUGCGGGGCAUGGCUUGGUGGAUGUCCUGGAACUGAGCAAUAAUGUGCUCUAACUUUGGAAGUCAUGCUUUUGUUUUAUUGUAUUUUACUUUGGUCUUGGUCACAUUAUAAUGGUAGGAUGCUACCAAUAGGGCCACUUGAGCCUAAAGAAUCAUGACAUCUUAACUGGCCAAACCCAGGAGCUGUGACAUGAUGAACGGAUACCAGAGGUUCUUUUUCUAUUUCCUGGAUUUGUAGGUCCCUACAUCCUUAAAUAACUGCAAAUACUUGGUAGUGUCCUUGUGACUAUUACAUAUAGUACUUUGAAGCCAGACUGAAUUUGAUAGAGAAAAUAAACAGAUGUCAAACUUCUUGCAUCUUAAAUAUGAGAAAUCUGUUUCUGUUACAAAAGCUCUUACAGUGAGGUUUCUUACUAAGCGAUUCAUUGGAGAAUAUGCUUCUAAUUUUGAAUCUGUCUAUAACAAGCACUUGUGUUUGGAAAGGAAACAACUAAAUCUGGAAAUAUAUGACCCUUGUUCUCAAACACAGAAAGCAAAAUUCUCCCUCACAAGUGAGCUUCACUGGGCAGAUGGGUUUAUUAUUGUGUAUGACAUCAGCGAUAGGUCUUCAUUUGCUUUCGCGAAAGCACUGAUCUACAGAAUCCGGGAGCCACAGACCAGUCAUUGUAAAAGAGCUGUGGAAUCGGCAAUGUUUUUGGUUGGCAACAAACGAGAUCUUUGUCAUGUGCGAGAGGUUGGCUGGGAAGAAGGGCAAAAGCUGGCACUGGAUAACCGAUGCCAAUUCUGUGAACUGUCUGCAGCAGAGCAGUCUCUGGAGGUGGAAAUGAUGUUUAUCAGAAUUAUCAAGGACAUCCUGAUAAACUUCAAACUCAAAGAAAAGAGACGACCCAGUGGAUCUAAAUCAAUGGCCAAAUUGAUCAAUAAUGUAUUUGGAAAGAGAAGGAAAUCUGUUUAGUAGACAUGAAAUGACUAUGAACCACAGCUGUGUUUUCAAACAUGCGGUUUGCCUUUUUGGUUGUUGCAUCCUGUUCACUCUCCUUCACACAGAACCUUUCAUUUAUUGUACAACAUUGCACUCACCCUAACCUACUGGUGGACAGCUAUCCAGUUUGCCUUGCCAAAUAUACUCUGCUUAUGUGAAUUUAUUAAACGACCAUGCCAUAGUUUGUGGUUUACCUUUA